UUGACCCGACCGUCGUCAAAAAUCGAGCAUAGCGAAGUGCGAAUUGAUUCGACGUCCUAUCAUAUGUAUCAUCGUUUGAGACAUGUCUACUCCGGAAGAGAUGAUAGAGAAUUUGACAGCACAAGUGAACGAACUGCAAGCAUUACAGUCCGUUUACCCAACCGAGCUAGCUGUGACGGACCAUGGGGUUUUGGCUGACAUUAAUGAAUACAUCGAGUGUUCCGACCGUGAAUCACCACGGUGGCUGGAGUAUGCCAUCGCAGUCCCAUUGAACGGUGAAUGUAUUGAACUACUGGUAAGCUUGCCAACUAACUACCCGAAGGAGCAGCCUGAAGUAUAUGCGAGAGGCUCUUGUUUGGACAGAACGCAGCAGUGUCUGCUGAACAAGGAUCUCUCUGUCGUUGUCAAGGCCCAGGAGGCGAAUGAGCCUUGCAUCUAUACGCUGAUAUCGUGGCUGCAGGACAAUGUUGAGACUUAUCUCAAAGCUUCCGUAUGUAACCAGGCGAUUAAACGCAGCGAUGCAAAUACAAGCGGCACGGAAGAUCGGACCGCAGUAGUUUUCUCCAGAUAUUGGAUCUACAGCCAUCAUAUAUACAGCAAGAUCAAACGGCGGGACGUGGCUAAUUUAGCAAAAGAGAGUUCCAUCACAGGAUUCUGCUUGGCCGGUAAACCGGGAAUAAUUUGUAUGGAGGGAACUCUGGAAGAUUGCGACUAUUGCUGGCAGAAAAUUAAAGUUAUGAAUUGGCAUAAGAUAUUGAUAAAAUUAAUGGAAAAAGAGGAAGAUUGUAAUAAUGUGGAUAACAUGCGCAAGUUUACGGAGUUUCAAGAAGUUUCGUUUCCUACUACUGAGCGUCACAAUGACAUGGGUCAGUUUCUCAAGUAUCUAACUGAUCAUGAUUGCCAGCAUGUGUUCAAGGAGCUUUUCGGAAUAGAAGGAAAAUUUAGUAAACUUCCAGAUUGAUAUAAUUGUAUAAAAAUGUACUUUGACUAAUUUUUUUCAAUCAAUUUUAGAAGAUUUUUGCACAAGUGAAAAAUCUUUUGCUCACCUUUACUGGGCUCA